AUGGAUAUUGAAACGUCGAGCGGUAUAAUUAGAACUACGAAACGUCAACAGACCCGAGAUCCGUGGUGCUUAUCCAUGGACUCGACAAGGCGCUUCAGCCUUCACGCCAACCUCCAACCGCCUAUUCUGGCGGCAUUGUCACAGCUCGCAGCGGUCCAAUUGUCGAAAGUCCCCGCAGCAGCGGAUCGGCCCAACGUAACCCUAACUUUAUUAAACGGCCGAUCGCAUGAUCCAUCCAACCACGGUAUUUAUAUCUAG